CCCCCCCCUUCGCCUGCCACUCUCCACACACUCUCUCUACCUAUACCUUUUAUCACUUGCUCUGUCUUCUCUUCACCAUGGCCAGAGUCAAGAACAGACCACAAGCAUAUUCCCCAAUGUCAUUCCAUCUCGUUCGCGGCAUCGCAUUUGUUUGUCAGGCUAUUGUCUCCGGCAUCCUGAUCUGGUUCUGUUUAAGACUGAGAGACGAUGGAUUCAAACUGCCCUGGACAUUUCUCAUUGUCCUCGCAGCCUCACUUCUCUCGAUCAUCACCCUCAUCAUCACAUCAAUCUUUUAUUGCUGCUCAUUCCUCUCACCAUUAUUCAAUCUGAUCAUCAACUCGACCGUUCUCCUUGUCCAAAUUGUUGGCUUCGGACUCCUCACCUACAACAUCUUUGGCACGUUGGGCCACUCUUGCAGUCGAUCGAACUGGGCCUCCAGCAAAGGCGUCACCAUCUGUCAGAUCUACAAAGCAUUUUACUCAUUCCUCGUCUUCGCCAUGCUGGCACAGAUUGCCCUCAUUGUGUUGGAUGUAAGGAGUCGGAGAGAACAGACUCGGUUGGGCAAAUACGGCAACAUCGAGGAAUCCAACUCUCGAGACGUCAAGAUGGACCGACUCAACGGCUUAGGCCCGGCCCAUGCACACCAGCCUAGCCAUGCCAGUUCCGUCGACACUGUGCCUUACGGAAUCCAAUAUGGCGACCAGCCCACCCGCCCAGCUGCAUAUCAACCACCUUCAUACGCUCCACAAGACUCUCGGGUCAGAAUGGAUGAUUUUGGAGGGUACAAUAACGGGUAUAACGAUUACGGACAUCAGCAGCAAUCCGGAUACGGAGGGGCUGGUUAUGGAUACAGAUGAAGUCAUGUUUAAAAAUUUUGAAAACAUGAUAUAGCAUGGCGACGGCGUUUGACCAUCCUGAUGAGGAUUGAAUCGUUUCAAAGGACAGGAAAAGACAUGACUGAACGUGCCAUUGGGUAGACUAGAACAUGUGCUAUCUAUGAUAGAUGGGUAUCUCGAACAAUAGAAUUUGACGGGUACUCAAGGAAUUGAACUCUUCCAUGGCCAUUGCACCGUGCC